AAAAAAAGUGAAGAAAAUAUAUACAAGGAACCUUGUUGACUAUGACCUCUCUCUCUCAUGGGGCCUGGCUCUUAUAUUAGUUCAACUUCUUUUCUCAGUUGCCAGUUCAUUUUCCUUCUUUCAUAUCAUCUCUCUCGCUGUCACAUUCUCUCUAUCACAGAGCUUUGCUUCACUGCCACUACUGCUGACACUUCUCAUAGGAAUAAUGAACAAACUUUGUGUUAACUGAAAAAGGUUUGGUCCUCACUCGUCAUUGUAUAGGUAAUUAAGGGAAGGAAAAAAAAACACUACAAAUGGGAAGGCACUCUUGCUGUUACAAGCAGAAGCUUAGAAAGGGUCUUUGGUCUCCUGAGGAGGAUGAAAAGCUUCUGAGGCAUAUUACAAAGUAUGGUCAUGGAUGUUGGAGUUCUGUGCCUAAGCAAGCAGGUUUGCAAAGGUGUGGUAAGAGCUGCAGGCUUAGGUGGAUCAAUUACUUGAGGCCUGAUUUAAAGAGAGGAACAUUCUCACAAGAAGAAGAAAACCUUAUCAUUGAACUUCAUGCAGUAUUAGGGAACAGGUGGUCUCAAAUUGCAGCACAGUUGCCAGGUAGGACUGACAAUGAAAUAAAGAAUCUGUGGAACUCUUGCUUGAAGAAGAAACUGAGGCAAAAGGGCAUAGACCCUGUCACUCAUAAACCACUUUCUGAGGUUGAGAAUGGAGAGGACAAAGAGAAAGCACAAGAAGUGUCAAAUGAAUUGAACCUCCUGAAAUCAGAGAGCUCCAAGUCAGAUUCAGCUUCCUAUGAGCAUAGAACAUCAAUUUCUCCAAAAGCCUAUGCACCUGAAAUGGAUGGUUCUUGUAGCUCCAAGAUUGAAAGCAAUUACGUAACCAAUUUCAGCAAAGACUUGUUCCUAGACAGGUUUAUGAGUAGCCGCCAAGAGAGCUACACUAACACCACUAGUUGCCAGCCCUCAGAUUUGAUGGGGAAUUUUCCCAUUCAGAUGAGUUAUGCAACCACUGAGUGUCUCCCAAAUGAUUCAAAUUCUAGCCAUUGGUUCAGCCAAAAUGGAAGGCCUUUUGAUAUGAACUCUGAAAUCCCUUUCAAUGCUGCUGCCACUUCUAUUCCUACACCUACAACCAACUUGUUUCUCCCUAAUAAUUCUUUUUGCUACAAGCCCUCACUUGCUGUUCCCUCUGACAAUGUUUCUACACCCUAUGGAUCCCAUUACUGGGAGGCCACUGCCUCAAACAAUAGCAAUAGCAGCAUUAGGAGUGAUAGCAGCACAGAGAUGAGAACAAGCAGCCCCUUAAACUUACCUUAUUCUUGGGGUUUGGCAGAUUGUAGCACCUCUACUAAAGAGGCUCAAAUUCAUAUGAUGGAGAAUCAUGCAGAAGAAGCUAAGUGGGAUGAGUAUCUUCAUAAUCCAAUCUCUAUGCUGGCUUCUGUACAAAACCAAGCUCCUGAGUCCUUAUGCAAUGAGAUAAAAACAUCCAUGCAUUUGGUACCUGAUAAUACUUUAGGGGCUAUGUUACCUCAUAGUCAUACUAAGCAGCAAGAACCGUCUCAAAAUUCUAGUAUCUUUUCCAAGGACAUGCAGAAGCUCAGGGCAGCGUUUGGACACAUGUAAAAGGAAUGGAGAUGAACAAAGAUUUUAGAAGGAUUGCUAUUCUUAGUACAGGUGUGUGAAACCACAGAUUUUGCUCUUGUAUGUAGGUCUAAUACAAAACAUUUAUUUCAUCUCCUUUCUUUUUUUGCUUUGUUAACAUUUGUGAGCCAAACCAUUUGUCUUUACUUUUUCUUCUACUCGGGUGUGGGAUAGAAUUGCAGAAUAAGGAUUGAUAUUCUCUCUUCUUUCUACUCUUUCUUUCUUUCUUUCUUUGCUACACUGUAACCGCAAUGGUGAAUUUGCAUGUCCAAGUUCCAACCCAUCAAAGAUUUUAUUGGUCCAUGCAAAGUUUCAUUUUCAUUUUAAUGCCAGGGACAGAGUUACUUUACCUGCAAACAAUUCCAGAAUCCAAGGUAUGAUCUUCUUUCCCACUUUCAUACCAUUGAAAAUGACACUAAAAUAGUGUAACCAUCACUUUUACCAAUCCAAGGUUCUAAUGGUUGUCCAUCGUUUUCUA